AUGUCCACAGCUACAGAAGAAAAUUCGAGUGAAUUACAAGCAGUAAUCGAAAAGUUUUUUAAGAAUAACGUCACUUGGUCGCUACUUAAGUUCCUUCAAUACAGAAAAGGGGUCGACGAUUUUACAUACGAUAAAACAAAGGAGCAUAGGUUGUACAAGAGAGCUUUGACCGUGCUUGCCAAUGAUCAAGCUCGAACAUAUCUUCUUAGAUUGAGAUGGGUUCAAGGGCUAGAAUAUGUUCCGGUCCCGAGACAAUUACGUGACAUAUUGACAACCCCCGAACUACGUGUUAUUUCCAUAACGCAACUGGAUGGCUACGUCCCAACCGGUUGUCAGGCUACGUCCCGUGUUAUGGAUGAUAAAUCUUCCGAAAAUGUUUUCAAUUUCUGGACAAGGAUCGAGGAAAAAUGCUACGAAGAUAAAAUCAAUAUCGCACGGACUGAUGGUGUCUUGCACAUCUUCAAAGCAACAAACCAGAGCCAACAACUCGUCACAAAUAUCCAACAUCAAGACCUCCUCGGUUUGUACCAAUCCCGUGAUGAACAGGUAAUUGACAUGUGUUUUCUUUAUUUUACUGCUCAAACUUUUAUGAUUUAUUCGGUAUAUCACCUAAGUCCAAUAAGACAUUCAUCGAAAGAAGAUAAUCCAUUCAUUGAGGCGGAAGAUAUCAUAAUUGACGAUGUUCCAUGCGAAUUUCUUUCAAAAAUGGAGACCCGGCAAAUGAUUUAUACGUGGGAGAGACUAAUGUGUCUCUACUUUUUCGGAAUUAUCGGAAUCAAUUCCUAUUCCAAUACAAUGAUUGAUCACUUUGGAUUGCCCCUGCUUGAUGAAAUUCAUCAAAAAUUUACACCAGAACAACAAAUAUUAGAUUCGAAUUCUGAAGCAACAUUCAGAAAAGCAGUUAAAAUGGCAAUGAAUGGGUCGCGUGAUGUGGAAAACUCUCAAGCGAGCAAUCUUUGA